AUCAUCCUCAUCUCCUCCUGCAGGGUUUCCUCGCGCGCGGAAAGUGAGCGCUGUCCUCAGCCCAUCGUUCGCCUGCUCUUCACCUUCAGCCUCGGCCUGGUCUGUGAGCAUCAUGACCAAAUCAUACGAGUUCAACUGGCAAAAACACAUUCCUCAUUUCCUGCAGGAAGGAGCCGUGUUUGACCGAUUCGAUGAGGAUCCCUUCGUCUUUGAGCCCAGCUGCCAUUUCAAAGUCGACGAGUUUGGCUUCUUUCUCACGUGGAAAAGUGACGGAAAGGAAGGUCAGCUUCUAGAAUGUUCUCUGAUCAACAGCGUUCGUCCCGGAGUCGUGCCGAAGGACCCAAAGAUCCUGGCGUCUCUGGAAGCGGCGGGGAAGAGCGAGGCGGAUCUGGACGGCCGCAUCAUCUGCAUGUGCAGCGGGACGGACCUGGUCAACCUCAGCUUCAUGUACAUGGUGAUGGACAACACGGACACGGCCAAGAGGUCUGUUUCGAAUGUCAACGGCAAAAUCCCGGUCCGAGGUAUCACACGGACGUUCGGCUCAGGUAAAACGGAGAAAGGAAUCUUCCAGGCGCUGAAGGAACUCGGUCUCCCCAGUGGGAAGAAUGAUGAAAUCGAGCAUUCGGCCUUCACCUUCGACAUCUUCUACGCUCUGACGCAGAAGAUCUGCCCUCGCACGGACAUCGAGGAGCUCUUCAAGAAGAUGUACGUCACACGCUGUUCAGUCCUCAAGGUUAACUAG